AUACAUUUAAAUUAUGUGUGUAUGCUUUCGUAACGACAGUAGGAGUAGUUUUAUAUAUUAUUAAUUAUGUUCAUGAUAUAAGAAAUUUGGUAAUCGACAAUGUGUUUGUAUAAUAGUGUAUACUUGCAAUGGAUAUGGCGGCCACUUGUAAGUAUUAUGUGACAAAGUUACUUGGUAUAAGUCAUCCGAAACCGAAUUGUGUGUACGAUGUACGUUCAGCUUCAGGCAAUGUCCGUAAUCGUGAGCAAAAAUCGUUGUUCCGCGUUUUCUACCGAUCGAAUGACCGACGUCGAAAAAAAUGUCAGAGAGCUAAUAUAAAAGAAUCGUACGUUCCUUCUAUGCAUGCAGACGAGGUUGGUGCCAAAAUAGGUGAUGGUCGUGUAUUGGAAGAAAACACGGUUGAGGAUAUUGAAAAGAAGUUCCAAGGAUUUCGGAACGUGUUUGAAAAAUGUAAGGUAAAGAAAAAAAAACCACGUCUGUUCAAUGUCAGUUCAGGAUUGCGAUUCACACUUGUUGGUAAUUCCAUGUUGAUGGACAAUCAAAAAAAAGCAACUGAAACUGCUAGUACAGCUAUUAAUACUGAAGAAAAUACCAUUCAAGAGAACUAUGCUGAUGAGGAGGAGGAUAAUGGUGUAGAAGAUGAAAACGCUAAUGAUGGAAAUUAUAUAGCUGACAAAGAUAUAGCAAUUGUGCAAAAGGAAGCAGUCGUUAAUGAUUUAAAUGAAGAUGCUUUUUCUGAGUCCAAAUGUCCAAGAGAUGUAGCAGAUAAAGUGAAUUUAUGGAUCGACAGUUCCGUUAAGCAGACGGAUGGAUAUUCUGAAGAGGAAGGCAUAUUUGUCGACGAAGAGAGUUGCAGAGUCCGUAACCCUUACAAGUAUACUAUACACUUCAUCUUUCACCUGGAAAAUAACAAAUAAUUACUGUACAAAAUAAUGAAAACUAGAUUCUAGUAUUUAAUCUUAUUAAGGCCUAAAAGUACAAUAUUCUAAAAAAAAAUGCAAAAAUCAAUUAUUAUGUAAUUAAGAUGAUCUUAAACUAAACUUAUUAAUAAAAAAUACACUGUAA